UUGUGAUCUACUGAAAUGACGAUCACGUGCCAAAUUGUUAUUGACGCUAUGAAAAACUGCACUUCUAUUAGAAAAAAGGGCACUUCCUAGCACUAAAGUGUUUUUCUUUGAUUCUCUGGCUAAGUGCAUGGAUCAUACAGAUGAAGGUGAAAUUCCUCCAUUGGAGGACAUGCCUGAUGACCUGGAUAGGUUGAGAACUAGAGACACUUCUGUAAUACCAAAAUCUACACGGAAGAAACAGGUAGCUAAAUCACCAAAAAAGAAGAAGCAAGCACAAGGUGAAUUUGGUGGAUUCAAAAGAGGCUUUCUCAAUCCUAGUCCGUCUGAUCAAGUACCUAAGAAAAUAUCGCCAGUAAAGAAGCCAAAUAUAAAGCCAACUACAAGCACAGAAAAGGAGAGUAAAACUUCAGGUAAAGAUGACGUUCCUCAUAUCAAGCCAAAGUCUAAAGUGUCUGGUCUGGAGCUACCUGAAGUUCAAGAAGCCAUGAAAGAUACCUUCCCUUUUCUAGAAAAAAACGAUUGGUUAACUGAAGACCUACUUUCUAAGGUUGAGAACCACUCUAAUCUCUCCAAAGUGUUCCAAGACCCCAACCUCAGUCAGAUCCUUGUGGAAUUUCAGAAAAACCCACAAAAAGCAAUGGCAGCAGCCCAAGACAACAAAGAAAUGAAAGGAUUCCUACAGGAUUUCUGUGCUUUAAUGGGUGACCAUUUUACAGAACUAGCUGACCAAGAGGAGAAGAUAACUCCAACUGCCGAGGCAGCUCCACUAAUUACAGAGGUCAAAGAGCCAUCGCCAGAGGAUAAAGUUAAAGAGAUUUUGUCCAAACCUGAAAUUAGAAAAUUACUAGAAGACAGGGAAGUUCAGAAACUAUUGCAUCUGCUCAAAACCAACCCUGAUGCAGCUCAUAGUAUGUCACAGACAGCUAACCAGGCAUUGCAAGAGAAGAUUAAACUCUUAAUUCAGAAUGGAUUGUUAGCCAUGCAACCUUAACAGUUUCGUGUGUCUAUUUAAUAAUAAUUUUUAUGGCACUUUUUUAACUGAAACAUAAUAAUUACAUAAUUAUACAAGCAGCGACAACAAUAACUAUAUCCAUGACAAAACACAACUAGGUAUAUAAUGUAUGCGUGUUUCUAUUUACUGGUUCAAUACUUUUA